AUGCCACAACGUUCUAUUCGACAAGUUUGGGACAGAAAUUCCUUUCCCACUUUCUUUCGGAAUCCCUGUGGAGGCAUCGCUCUACGAUUUUUUUCAAAAUACCUCAAAUCAGCUUCCAAACCCAUUUUUAUGGAUGAUUGGUCAGUUUGCAAAGCAUACUUUGAAAUUGAAUCAGACCUUUGCGAAUCAAAUUGAGGAGUGGCAGAGGGAAAUUGGAUUCGAUCCCGAAUCUGGACCAAUCGUUGGAUUACAAAUAAGACGAACCGACAAGGUCAGAGAAUCACCAAGAUCUGUGCACGAGGUCGCCCAAUAUAUGGCACAAGCGGAGGAAUAUUUCCUGAAAAUUGAGGCGAAAUAUAAUAUUUCGGUUCCACGUAGAGUAUACAUUUCAUCCGAUAAUACGUCCGUGAUAGAUGAGGCGAGGUCCUUAUAUCUGAACUGGACCGUGAUGGGGUUUCACUCCUCCUUCUCCGAGUCACUUAAAAACCGGAAGUUGGGGCUUUUCGAAAUUGCGCGGGAUAUUCUUCUGCUAUCAGAGUGUGAAUACGUCGUAUGCGGAUUGUCCUCAAAUCUUUGUCGACUAAUUUACGAGAUGCAAACCUACCUAAAAUUCAAUCUGGAUGCACCCCACCUUAAAUCGUUGGACGGAGGGUAUCACUACCCCUUAUAUGGCGGACAUUCGAUUCGUGGGAAAUAUAUGACGGUCUGGAAAAUUGAUGAUAAUGGAACAGCUUCGUCUUGCAACCUUAUUUAACACACAUGUUUAUCAAGAAUCAAUUAACUUAAAGGCUAAUUACGAAAAAAUAACCAAUUAUAGUAGAAAUUAAAAAAAAACUUAGAAUAUUUAUAAAGCGACGUGCAUAAAUUAUGUAACGGAAAAAUCCCGAUUUUCUAGACCCUACAUAUGUCACAUAGGCCCAUAUUUUCUCAUGGAAGAAAAAAAACUUUGCAAUCCUAAAAACUAUCGAAUUUUAGAUGCAAAAAAAUCUUCAUAUUUUUG